AUGGCGGGACUACCUGCACAGGUUGAGGUAGACCACACCUUCAAGAUCCUGCUGGUGGGCGACAGCGGCGUGGGCAAGUCGAGCCUGCUGCUUCGCUUUGCCACGGGCGGGUUUGAGGAGCUGGUCCCCACCAUCGGGGUCGACUUCAAGGCCAAGAUCAUCGAGCUGGGGGGCAAGAGGAUCCGCCUCACCGUGUGGGACACGGCGGGGCAGGAGCGCUUCCGCACGCUGACCAGCUCCUACUACCGCGGGGCCCAGGGCAUCAUCCUGGUGUACGACGUGAGCCGGGCGGAGACGUUUGACUCGCUGGCCGACAUCUGGCUGCGUGAGGUGGACAUGUACGGCACGGUGGAGGAAAGCGUGAAGAUGGUGGUGGCCAACAAGACAGACCUGGCGGAGACGCGCGAGGUCAGCACCGACAUGGGGGUGGCGUUUGCGCGGGCCCACGGCUGCCUGUUUGUGGAAACGUCGGCCAAGGGCAAUGUGGCGGUGGAGCAGGCCUUUGAGGAGCUGGUGCACAAGAUCCUGGAGACGCCCAGCCUGCUGGCCUCCAGCGGCAGCACGUUUGGCCUGAAGACCAAGCAGCCGCAGUCAUCCUCGUGCUGCUGA